UCAAUAAUUAUUGUAUAAAUUUAUGGCUCUUAACUGUUACCUUAUCUUGCUUCUUUUGAAUUUUUUAAAGUCUUUCUGUUGUCACAUUUCUUUUGCUACUGAGGAAAUUUGUAGUAGUGCAAGAGCUAGGUAGCUGAAAAUGGAGGUAACCAAUAGGUACAUCACCAUAAAGACUCAAGUAGACGGAGAUCCGAAAGUAUCCGAUUUUGAGCUCAAAACCUCAAACCUUCCUCUGUCACUUGACCCUGGUUCCAAUGACAUCAUUGUGAAGAAUCUGUACGUAUCAAUCGACCCUUACCAGAUAAACCGAAUAAAAAGUCAGAGCUCCUCACAGAAAGCUACAGCUACGGCAGGUGCCAUCACUCCCGGUGAAGGUAUUGAUGCUUACGGUGUAGCGAAAGUUGUGGCUUCUGGGAACCCUGAGUUUGAGAAGGAUGACUUGGUUGUGGGGUACAUCACUUGGGGAGAGUAUAGUUUGCUUAAAGGAGGAAAUUGCGUGUUGAGGAAAUUUAAUCUUAUGGGAUUACCAUUGUCUUACCAAGUUGGAAUUCUAGGUUUAAGUGGACUUACAGCAUAUGCUGGAUUUUUUGAAGUGUGCAAACCGAAGACGGGGGAGAAAGUUUUUGUCUCUGCAGCUUGUGGAUCAGUUGGGAAUUUGGUUGGACAGUAUGCUAAGCUUUUCGGUUGCUACGUUGUUGGAUGUGCAGGAAGCAAAGAAAAGGUAGCAUUGCUCAAGGAAAAGCUAGGAUUCGAUGAUGCAUUCAACUACAAGGAAGAGCCUGAUUUAAAGUCAGCUCUCCAAAGGUACUUUCCUGAUGGGAUUGACAUCUACUUUGACAAUGUGGGGGCUGAAAUGCUAGAGGCUGCAGUUGCUAACAUGAACACCUUUGGUAGAGUUGCUGCCUGCGGCGUGAUCUCUGAGUACACUGACGCUACGAAGCGAGCUGCACCCAGUAUGCUAGAUGUUGUGUACAAGAGAAUUAAAAUCCAAGGAUUUUUGGUAGUUGAUUUUAUGAACGUGUUUUCGGAUUUCCUUUCCACCACAACCGAUCAUCUCCGUACAGGAAAAUUGCAUGCACUUGAAGACAUCUCAAAUGGGUUGGAGAGUCUCCCAUCGGCUUUCAUUGGACUUUUUCGUGGUCACAACACUGGAAAGAAAAUGGUUAAAGUUGCAGAUGAAUGAACAAUAUUACAUGGAGUCACAUUUUGCUUGAUCUAUAAUUAAAUUGGAAGUGAGCAUUUCUUUAUCCUCCUACGUUUAUUGUGUCAUUGCUUCUACGUACUAGGCCCUAGCUAUAAGUUUCAAAAUAAUGACCAGUUAAACCUAUGUAGGGGUUCUGGCAUGGAAAUUAAGGUCCACUUUGUACUGCAUUUUGGCUUCAACUUGAUGUAAUAUAACACAUAUAUAAUCUAUGAUUUGAUUCGAAUUUUCAAUUAA